CUUGCGCCAUAGGGGCACACAACACCGGUGUUGCUUCAUUCCUGAUGAAUGCAGUCACUUUCAAAAAGGAAAAGGAAAAAAAGAAAAAGAAAAAAAAAACUCUUUUAAGUAGAUUUUUGCCUUCUCACACCUCCACGCUAUGGGAUGAGGGGGAAUGGCUUUAAAGUAAAAGAGGGGAGAUUUAGGGUAGAUGUUAGGGGGAAAAUGCUCUACUCAGAGUGCAGUGAGGCACUGUCACAGCUGCCCAGAGAGCCGUGGGUGCCUCAUGCCUGGAGGUUCAAGGCCAGGUUAGAUGGGGCCCUUGGCAGCCAUAGCAAGGGGGUGGCAGCCCUGCCCAGGCACAGGGUGGGCUAUGAGGUCCCCUAAACAUAACCUAAGCCAUUCUGUGAUUCUCCUGCAAGCCACAGCAACAGCUCCAGCCUGGCUUUCCCUAGGCACAGUGGUCAGGGCCAGCUGGCUCACCAUGCUGCAGGACCACCAUCUCUGUCCCCCAGUGGUCAGAGCUGCAGGCAGGCAGGCCUGGGAGGGGGCCAGAAUGAAGGGGACAGCCAUGUCCCUAGUGAACCAGAGAAGCGUGAGGGGGCCGGCACAGGGCGGUGCGGCUGCUCCACCUGUCGGGGCGGGCUCGGGCAGGCCAGGUGAGGCGGUGCCGGCCCUGCCCUUCUCUCCUUCCACAGCCUCCCGGCACUGCGGAUGCCGGCAGCAUGGCGGACUCCCAGGUGUUCCUGCUGGACGACUCGCACAUCAAUGAGAAGGUGACAGAUGCCCAGGCCUGCUUCUACUAUAGCGAGGAGCAGCGUCGGGCCCUGGAGACACUGGUUACCCGAGGUGAGGCUGCCUACAGGGAGACCCUGCGAAAGGAGCGUCUCCAGGACUUCCUCUCCAGCCAGGAGCUGCAAGCCCUGCGGGGCAGCUGGCGGGCCUAUGAUGACCCCUGUGAGAGCAGCAAGGUGGUGCGAGGCCCCAGUGGCAAGGCUGUCUCAUUGGCUUACUGGCCUGAGCUCUCGGACACGGAGGUACCACCACUGGACCUGGGCUGGACUGACAAGACCUUCUAUCGGGGCAUCAGCCGAGUGGCCCUCUUCACGCACCCUCGCAAGGAGGAGAACGUGCCCCACCUGAAGGAGGUGGUGCGGGAGAUGAUCCAACAGGCGCAGAAGAUCAUUGCAGUGGUCAUGGAUGUAUUUACAGACCGGGACAUCUUCCGAGAUAUUGUUAAUGCAGCAUAUAAGCGCUGGAUCCCAGUCUACAUAAUCCUAGAUGAGGAUGGUGUGAAACUCUUUCUGGAAAUGUGCAGAUGCCUUGACCUCAGUGACUUGCAGAUUCGGAACAUCCGCAUCCGUUCUGUGACAGGAGUUGGGUUCUACAUGCCAACAGGGAAGAUCAGAGGUACAUUGGCAUCUCGAUUCCUGAUGGUAGAUGGUGAAAAGGUGGCCACUGGAUCAUACAGCUUCACAUGGAGUUCAUCCCAUAUUGACAGAAACAUCCUACUAGUCUUGACAGGACAGCACGUGGAGAUGUUUGACAUUGAGUUUCGUGAGCUCUACGCCAUCUCAGAGGAAGUUAAUUUCUGCAAGGAAUUGGGUAUUGCUAAUCCAAACCUUCAUGGAAUUGGGAAACAAGGCUUUCAUUCCUCCACUGUGGCUCGGAAGAUCAUUAAUCCCAAGUAUGGCUUAGUGGCAGGGGCGACCCGUGGUGAUGGGCUCUGGGCUUCACGACACAGGCAGGAUAAUCAGGAUAAUAUGGAAAGGGAAGAAACAAGUGAGUCUAAGAGACGAUUAAAUCAGUUUCUGAAUGACUUGAUCACAUUAGAACAAGAACUCCCAGAGAUUGAACCACCUCUGGAGAACUUCAACAAGCUGAAUCGGAGCCCUCAGAAACUAUUCUCCCGAUUACACAUGGACCUGAAAAAUAAAUCCAAGUCCAGAGAGUCCAUUCGUGAGGUGAAGAAAGAAGAUGCACAGGCCAACUCAAAGCAAGGAAAGCGGUUUGCCAGUGGGAUUUUUAGUCGCAAGGCCAAACGGUCUCCAGGAUCAAGCAUUGAAGCAAAUUCUUUUGCCAGUGAAGGACACUCAGGGGAAGACCUUGGGAAUAUGAAACUGGAAUACGAGAGGCUCAGCAUGGGCCAUGCCAGUGUUCGGAGCGCUGAAGGCAUCUCAGGUAACCUGGGUCCAAACUCCACCACGAGUGAUAAAAGCAAACAAUCUACCUGUGUUUUAUCUUGAUUGUCUGGGAAACUGAAAACUGAACAAGCUGGUUUAGUAACAUGUUAAUCGAUUUGUCCUUACACGGUGGUCUGUCAAGCCACCGUGUGGUCCUGGAUGCAGCUGGCACCCCCAGUUAAAUCAUAUUUACUGGGUGAAACAUAGACUUUGGAUGGCUGGUCCCUUCAACGAGGGUUAAUGAUGAAUGUAUUAUUCCAUAUGUGUGUGUGCAUAUAGAUUUUGUACAUAAAAACAACUGUGAUGACUGGGUCUCAGAGCUUGCUCUGUGUCCGGGUAAAUGCA